AUCGAAGUAAAAUCGAAACCGAAAUCGAUACCUCAUGUCUCGCGAAAAGCUCGUUAAUCAAAAUAAUUUACGUCCUUUGCUCACUGGUUGGAGCCAAAUUCCCGGAAAUCAGGAGCCGUGAGGACCCAGUGUCCCGGCUGCUCACGCAGGUUCUCUCAUCCUCACGCAGAGCACGAGCGAGGACUUCGAGAUGGUCUACCCGCUCGGGCUCUCCGCGGCGCGUACAGAAGGCGGGCUCACCAUCAUACACUUAUAGCAUCGUUAUUUCUCCC